GUCCGGUCAAUCAGCCUCCAACGCGGCAACCCUUUGCAGCCGAAACUUGGUUGCAACUGGAAUAUCAGUUUUGCAUUGACGUGUGUGUUUCGUCCUUUCUGUGAAUCGCAGCGCUACGCAUGCGGCCGCAGCCCAGAGCCAGAUAUGGUGCCUCCUGACCAAGGCGCUUUCCUUGUCGAAGAAUCUGCAGUUCAACUCUUGAUUGACAUCGUUGUUGACCGCGAAAAGGUGACCAAUGGGGCGAGCGACAUCGGCUGGGUGGACGCGGCCAAGAUGGGCCUGUGCCCAGAGCUGGAGCCGGGGGAGGUGAAGAUGUAUGCCGCCAGGCAGUUCAGGGGCAUCAUCCCCUUGGAUGAUGGCCGCUGCACUUUGGCAAAGGGCAUGCUCUUCAUCGACCCCAUGCGAGAAAGGGGGCUCCGCUUGCGAGAAAGCUGCUGCAAAGUCUUCUGGGCACAGGACCCCAACAGCCAACUCGCUUACGCCUUCGACUUCACGCAGGACACGGCGGAACCCUUUGGCAACGCCUCUGUAAACUGCCAGCUGGCUGCUGCAUUGCACAUGCGCGCCCUGGCAAGUGAAGACCCUGCAACCGUGCAACGCCUGCUGUGCGCAGAUGAGUUUGGACCCACACGCAAAGGUAUCUUCGAUGUCCUGACGUGGUCUCACUUGGUCACCGUGAGGUUUCUGAACGCCCGGUGCAUUGGUGCCAUGCUGGAUGAG